AUGUCGCGGCCCCGGUUUUACUUUGCGGCGCUGCUGCUUCUGUUCGCGCUGAUAUGCAGCAGCAGUUGGGCCGUGCUUGCCAAGGCGAACGUGGUCGGUCCGGGCCCAGGAGCAGGAGGAGGAGGAGGAGGCUCGUCUGGGGUGGCUCAGCCUGCGUCUCAGAGGUCACCCGGUACUUUAGUCACCGUUCCGUCCGUUGUUGAGGUGGAUGGUGAGGUGGUCGCCAUCGCGCAAGCUAACAGCGAUGAAAAUGUGAAAAGAAAGAGAGCGCUCCUGGCGAAGCUCGUUGAACCCGUUGUAUCAGGUGCGCUCUGGGCACUCCCCGGCACCGGUGAUACCUCAGUGAUGCAAGAUGCCAUCAAGUUGCCGGAAGUGCCGUCAAGAUGCCGGAGGACGUGGCGGAGAGGGAGUUCUACAACCCCACGCCAGUUGUGA